UUCUUCUACAUAUGUGUGCGUCCUUGUUUUCUUCUCACAUUCAAAUAUACCAUGGAUUUCCACCCUUCUUCACUCUCUCCAUUUCUCACUAUUCUCCUUCUUUUCCGGCCACCCACCUCAUCUUUCCGUCCACUUAUCCUUAUCUGAAGAUUCAAGGUUGAGAGCAAAAUCAUCUGUGGAGAGGAUAUGGGGCAUUUUUCUUCGAUGUUCAAUGGGCUGGCAAGGUCAAUUUCUUCAAUGAAGAAAACAAAAAAUUUGAAGAACAAUGGUGAUGGGAAAGAGGCUGUUAAAGCUAUGGCAAAGGAGGCCAAGAAAAAUGAGUUGAUAUUGAGGUCAUCAGGAACUGUUAAUGUUGAUGGCUCCAACAACUUGGCCUCAGUUUAUUCUAAGAGGGGAGAGAAAGGUGUGAAUCAAGAUUGCUGCAUUGUUUGGGAGGAAUUUGGGUGUCAAGAAGAUAUGAUCUUCUGUGGGAUAUUUGAUGGGCAUGGUCAGUGGGGGCAUUUUGUGGCAAAGAAUGUUAGAGACUCGAUGCCUUCGUCUCUUCUCUGCAACUGGCAAGAAACACUUGUUGAGGCUGCACUUGAUCCUGAUUUCGAUUUGGGAUCCCAGAAGAAGCUCCAGAGCUUCAACAUAUGGAAGCAUUCCUAUUUGAAGACGUGUGAGGCCGUUGAUCAGGCGCUGGAGCACCACCGCAAGAUUGAUGCAUUCAACAGCGGCACCACAGCCUUGACCAUUGUUAGGCAGGGAGAAAAUAUGUUCUUAGCAAAUGUAGGAGAUUCGCGUGCUGUUCUGGGUACGCCUUCUGAUAACGGGGAUAUGGUGGCAGUGCAACUCACCAUGGAUUUCAAGCCUAAUCUACCUCAGGAGGCGGAGCGGAUAACACAGUGCAAUGGCAGAGUAUACAGCCUGGACGAUGAGCCAGGGGUUCACAGAGUGUGGCUGCCACAUGAAGACUCCCCGGGGCUAGCAAUGUCACGAGCUUUCGGGGACUACUGUGUGAAGGACUUCGGCCUCAUUUCUGUGCCUCAAGUCAUCCACAGACAUAUAACAAGUAAAGAUCAGUUCGUGGUGCUGGCCACGGAUGGGGUUUGGGAUGUUGUGUCAAAUGAAGAAGCAGUGCAGAUUGUGUGGGAGUGUCCGGAGCGGGGCAAAGCUGCAAAGCGGCUGGUGGAGCGGGCGGCUGAUGGGUGGAGGAAGAAGAGAAGGGGAAUAGCUAUGGAUGAUAUAUCAGCAAUUGUACUCUUUUUUCAUUCAUCUUCUUCCUCUUCUCACCAAUUUGAACUUGUACCUACGCUUAAGUGAGACUGUGAGAGUCCUCUUCAGUUAUAACUGGAUUCUUAAUUUCAAGAAUUCAAUCCCAAUUUAGAUAGCAAAUUUUGAAUAUAUUCAUGUA